AUGAACAAGGUUUUCAAGACCACGAAGAUAAGAAAAACUAGAAGCAAAUUUAAGGUUUCUAUAAGGAAAUAUAUUCCUAAAUCUUCUUGGUUGUACAGCUUUGCUACUGACUUUAAGUUCUGCUAUGUCAGAUAUCUGAACAGAUGUGAGGGAUUUUUCACUAAGUUUGUAAAAUUAAACAAACUGACUGCAAAGAAAAGCAAACUUGGAACUCAUGCCCCUUCAUUUAACCACAAAAAAAUAGCAUCAAGUACUCAUAGUAGAAGAUUCUGUGUGUCAAGCAUGAAGCUUUUGACUUCAGGUGAUGUUGAAUUAAAUCCAGGUCCUCCUCAAGGUGUCAACACUCAAACCACAUUGUCAUUAGGCUCCACCAUGUUGUUAAAUUUUCGAUUACAUCGGCUGGGACUGAGACCCCUUGAUGUGGGUGGUGCAGGUGAUUGUUUCUUUAGAGCUGUUUCUCAUCAGUUGUAUGGUGAUCCAAGUCACCACUUGCAAAUCAGACAAGAUGGUAUUAAUUAUCUCCGGUCAAACUCAGAAAAUUUCAUUGAAAGCAAUACCCACAGUUCAUGGGAUGACUAUUUGGUUAAUAUGUCUCUGCAAGGUUCAUGGUGUGAUGCAAUCAUUGUUCAAGCAGUUGCUGAGUCACAAAACUUGAGAAUUCAUAUUGUAGAAUCCAAUGAAAAUUUUCCUGAUACAACUUUAAUUGAAUCAGCACUUGUUUUAUUUAGGUCAUGUAAAUGAACCUCCUUCACAAAAGUCAAUUUAUUUUUAAACAAAAUCGAACAAAAGGUCAAAAAAGGAAAAAAAAGCAUGAACCUAUAUGAAAAAAAGAGGACCUACAACAAUUUAUUUUAGGUCAUGUAAAAAAGAAUCCAAAACAUUACAAAUAAGUAUGAAUUUCUUAAACCGAACAUUAUGUAUCAACAGUACCAUAUAUAGAAACAUGAUAUUCCAAAGAUAUAAUUAAUUUCUUAAUACCACUAAGAAAAAUAGGUUUUCGGUAAGUUUCAAUUUAAAAAAAAUCUCAAAAGGUCUAAGCUAUCUUCACCUAUAUAAACGUCUCCUAAGUUUAUUUCGCGAGGCAGUAAUUUUGGAAGAAUUACUGUUUUGCAAAAUGGACUCUAGUUCACUAGAAAGUCAGCAUAUUGAUAUUUUAAACAAAAUCGAACAAAAGUUGUCUCUGAAGAAUCACAACUAAUGCCAGCCUAAAAAAGGGUAAAAAAACAAUAGCAUGCACAUGAGAGAAUAUAGGAAGAAGAAAAAAAGGCCAGUGAAAGUAGGAAGCAGACAUCUAAAAUCAAUGAAAAUAAGUGCCAAAAGGAAUCAUGAAAGAGGUCACGCAAAAUAGCAAUCCUUACCUGAGGGAAUAUAUGAAAAAAAAUUACUAUUUUGCGAAAUACAUUUUAAUACGGAGGACUGAUGAAGGUAGGAUGCAAAAAUCAAACAACAGGAAUAGCAGUGUUCUGUCUGGGAUAGAUGACCAAACUUAUACCACUAAGAAAAACCAAAAAACAAUGUCACUGUGA